CUGUAAUGAAAUUGAAAAAGUUCUACUUGCGUUACUAUCCACCAGGAAUUGCCCUGUGCUUCAGCAAAAGCAACAUUGAUGAGGUAAAAGUAAUCAGUUUGCAUGAUUUAACAACGCAAACGGAUGUUGGUAAAUUGGCAGAGAAGAUUUCCGCCUCUGAGACCCUUAUAACACCCAAUGUUAUGCCGCAACUUAUUGAUUUGCUAAUUAAAUUGCAAAAUAAGUUGAAGGAGCCGGUGAAGAAGAAAUUCUACAUACAUAAAACAUUCAACACUCACGUCUUGCCCAUCACGAAUGUCUGCUUCGACAAGUCUGGCCAUCGAUUUGCUACAGGCAGUUACGAUCGCACGUGCAGGGUGUGGAACGUGGAGGCUGGGGUCGAGGAGAGCAUCUUGCGUGGACACGAGAAUGUGGUGUUCGCCGUGAACUUUAACACGCCAAAGUGCGACCGCCUCGUGACGGGAUCGUUCGACAAGACGGCCAAGGUCUGGAAUGCAUCCUCAGGCGCCUUGCUCAGAACCUUCCAUGGUCAUGCCAAUGAGAUUGUAGCCACGGAAUUCAACACGCACAAUGAUGAUGAAAUAGCCAGCGCUUCCAUGGACGGCACGUCGCGAAUAUUCCGCGUGGAAACUGGCCAGGAGACUCACAAUUUGACCGGACACGGCGAUGCUAUUAUUUCAGCUCGUUUCGACAAUGAAGGUCAUCUUCUGCUUACAGGAUCUUUCGAUAGCACGGCAAAGGUGUGGGAUUUGAGGAGUGGCAGGGAUGUCAUAACUUUCAACGGCCACAAUGGGGAGAUCAGCAAUGCAAUCUGGAAUAUCAACUGCAAAAUGAUAGCCACGGGAUCUCUGGAUAGUACAGCGCGACUCUGGGAUAUUAGAGAACGAAAGACCCUUUACACAAUUGAUGAUCACUCUGAUGAGGUUUUGGACGUGUCCUUUGACUACAGUGGCCAACAUUUGGUAACCGCAAGUGCAGAUUGCAGCGCAAAACUCUGGAACAUUGCUGGCAAAGCAGAUAAAAUCGCCACUAUGACUGGCCACACCGAUGAGAUCUCCAAGGUCUCCUUUAGUCCUCCUGGUCUCAUGAUCCUCACCGCAUCUGCCGAUCGAACAGCCAGGAUCUGGACUCUGGAUGGAACGUGUUCUCAGGUUCUCAGCGGCCACACCGGUGAGAUCUUCUCCUGCAGCUUCAAUUACAUCGGUGAUACAAUUGUUACGGCAUCCAAAGACAACACGUGCAAAAUAUGGAGAUGAUUUUGUUGGUAUACAGUGUAAUUGCUGUAAACACCAAAUAAUUUUAGUAAGAAGGUAAAAUACAACACCACUAGCGGCCCCUGG